AUGGCGUCCAAGAAGACCCUCGGCACGCCCGUCACACCCCCGCGCACCACCUACAAGCGCAGCACGUUUGCCGUGCCCUCCCCGCUCGCGCUGCCGGCGUCGUCCGAGGCGUGCAGUGCGCAAUGUACCUGCGCGAACGUAAAGCCCAAGGCCUGGAACAAGACCUCGUCGCCAAAUAAGCAGCGCCGUACCGACCCCAGUACCGGCGGUACACCCUCGGCGUCACCUUGGACGCCUAGUAGGCUGCUCGCACCGCCGCCACAGAUCACCGUCUCUGCAAUCCGCGUGCCCCGUCCGGCAUUCUUCUCCAAGCGCCAGACCAUGAAGAGGAGCAAGACCAUGCCGUAA